UAAAACUUGCCUUUUAAAUUAAUGAAAUUACAUUUUGCUCCUUUUCAUCUGCGAACUGUUUAGAGGCCAGAAAGCUUAGGAGAAAGAAAAGACACUGCAUACCCACAAACACAAACACUACCAAAUUCUCUCUCCGUGGGUGUUUUUUUUUUUUUUGGGCAAUCAAAAUUUUCGAAACCCUAAAUCACUCUCGCUGAGAUCAGCCAUGGCUUCCUCUAAAGAACGGGAUAACUUUGUCUACCUUGCUAAGCUCGCUGAGCAGGCCGAGCGCUACGAUGAGAUGGUGGAGGCAAUGAAGAAUGUUGCAAAACUUGAUCUUGAAUUGACUGUUGAAGAACGGAACCUGCUUUCCGUUGGUUACAAGAAUGUUGUUGGUUCUAGGAGAGCCUCAUGGAGGAUCCUGUCAUCAAUAGAACAGAAGGAAGAAGCUAAAGGAAAUGAGGUUCAUGCUAAGCAAAUUAAGGAGUACCGCCAUAAGGUUGAAUCAGAGCUCUCGACCAUUUGUAGUGAUAUCAUGACCGUCAUUGAUGAACAUCUUAUUCCAUCAGCUACUGCUGGUGAAUCAACUGUGUUCUACUAUAAAAUGAAAGGAGACUACUAUCGUUAUCUUGCAGAGUUCAAGUUUGGUGAUGAGAAAAUAGAGGCUGCAGAGCAAUCAAAGAAAGCAUAUGAGGCUGCUACAACUGCUGCUGAAGCUGAAUUGGCUCCUACACAUCCAAUCCGGUUAGGAUUGGCUUUGAACUUUUCUGUCUUCUUCUAUGAGAUCAUGAAUUCACCUGAAAGGGCUUGCCACCUUGCCAAACAAGCUUUUGAUGAAGCUAUUUCAGAGCUUGAUACUCUGAACGAGGAAUCCUACAAGGACAGUACACUAAUCAUGCAACUUCUUAGGGACAACCUUACUUUGUGGACUUCUGAUAUCCCAGAGGAUGCAGAAGAUUCCUAGAAGAUCAAUGGCACUGCCAAGGCUAGCGGGGAAGGAUGCAGAAGUGUUGGAUUUUAUGGUCUAAAUCUAAGUAGAAAGCGAGAGCAGUUUAUGAAAAAUAUUUUUAGAUUCACAUAAUCUGAAUCAUAAUCCCCAAGAACACAAUAUAUUUACAUACAUUAAAUCUACACUAUGAGAUGAGAUCAUUAUACCUGUUGAUGCACUAUCAGGAUAUCUUUGAUUUUUUUUUUUUGUAUUAUCAAACGAUUAUCCAAUCCACCCUAGUUGAUUUGGCAAGAA